AUGUUAAUUUCCUUAUUUUUAUCAAUUUAUGCAGCGCUAUUUCAUUACCAUGCUUUCGUAUUCGAUCCAUCAGUUGGAUUUGAAACUCGCAGUACUGCUUUAUCGAAUCAACGAUUAGCAUUGGAUAAUUUAAUUGAGAGAGCUGCCGAUGAAGAGCAUAUCAAAUCAAUAAGUAAACGUGAAAUAACUGAUGACAACAUGCAGCAAAAAGAUGAACUACCUGUUGAUCACAAAGACAUUAAUAAUAGUGAAGCAAAGCCAAAAAUGCCAGUUGGCGCAUGUCAACAAUAUUUCGUCCUUGGUACCAUGAUUCCAUAUAAAAUCAUAUUACCAUUGUCGAAAUUAAUUUUUAAAGUACCAUCGUUCAAUAGUUUAUUCAAUGUGCGUAUGAUGGAACGAUUAUGUGCCAUCGAUUCGAUUAUUGAUAGUGAAAUUAGUGUGAAUGGUUUAAAUGCAACAAACCUAAAAUAUUUGCCAUUUUCUUUUAAUCUUCCAUAUUACACAAUGUGCUUAAAUAUGGAUGUACCAUCAAAUUCAUGCUCUUCGCUUAAUUCUAAUUACAUUAAUAUGUUCAAAUCGCUGAUCUUGGCAUGUCAAUCGGACGAAUCGUCAUUUCAAUGUCAACUACCCAUUGCUAAACAACUUUCAAAUAUGAUAUUUCAGAAAAGUAACGGGCCUAUAGAUGUUAAUCAACCAUUUUAUUUUGCUGUCGUUUUGCCGAUUUUACAAUCGAAUGAUGGUUAUUCAAAUCUUUAUUUUUAUUCAAGUCUACUUCAUAAGAUUCAAGAAGAUUAUAAGGAUGAUGAACUAAAAUUAGCUGGGGCGCAAUUUGGUGUUAAGGACGGAUUAUUUGCGCAAGAAAUUCGAAGUGAUGUACAACUUGGUGUAAUUCUUGGAAUUGAAUUUUUUCCAUUUUUAAAUUUACUUGCGAUGAUACUUGUUGUUGCUGUUGGUGCAGAUGACGCUUUCCUCUUCAUGUAUCAAUAUCGGAAACAUAAAGCGGAUGUUUGCAAAAAAUGGUCACCAGUGUUAUUAAAUUGCGAUGCAAACAAUACAAAGGAAGAAAAUUCUGAUAAAGAAGAGGC